GUUCACUAAAUUGAUAUAUCGCACUCCAGUCACUCAAUUGUUAUUGUUUGCACUCUUGCUAGACCAUCAGAACGAAUAGGCGCACGAUGAGGGGCCACGUCGUCAUACCCUUGUACGGGCAUUGUUCUUGUGCGGGCGGUCCCGCGCGUUCCUGUCUCCAAUUCUGCAGGUGAUAAUCAAUCAAUCAAUCGUCUGCAUCCAGCUCUGUCAAACCAAUCCUCGACGCCACAAACGUGAUGAAAGGUUCUCACUCAAUGGCGCCGGAUGCGUCCCCAGACCUCCGUGUAACCCAGCUAGACGACACUCAGAUUCCCUCUUCUGAAGAGGAGGAGGAAGAUGAUGAUCUAGCUGGCGACGAUUUUGCUGGCACCACACAGAAGCCGGGAGGCUCGAGCCAGGACGACGACGAAGAUGGCGGGAACAACGGUACAUCCGAAGAUGCACAGACUGCUGGCUUGCUUCCACGCGAUAAGCAGAGGCGCACUGCUUUCUACGAUUAUGUUUCGGAGAAGCAAAUGAGUCACUCUGAGGCAAAGCAGUUCUAUCAGCGUCACCAACUCGAGAAUCUCGGCACCCCCAGCGAUGGCUAUAGCCCCGUUAUACGUGCGAAAACCUUCCCCGCCAACUUCGCUGCCAACGACAGCCUCGAUAUGCCAAGCAGAGCAGACAGUAUUCGAUCUAGAAAAAGCAACACGAGCCUGGCAAACCAGGUUCACAAGCCCGCGCUUCCCGUCGGGUUGUCACAGACAGAACAGUCACAGGACCCACGAACCCAAUUUGCUCCCCUUGCUGGAACAAACGAGCCCUCUGCAGAUGCAUUCCUCAGUGCCGACAAGUCCGCAAGGGAGCAUUCAAAUCACCCCGGCCUUCCGCACGAAUUCAAACCUCCGUUGCUUGCUGAAGAGGGAAUACACGGAGCUGGCGCUGGAGUCGGAAUCGGCUCAGGAGCGGGUGGUUUCGCCAUGUCAGACUCGAGCGUGACUGCUGAGCUUAGCUCGAUAUAUACCAAUAUUCAAAAAGUCAUAGAUCUACGUCACAAAUACAUCCGCCUGUCUCUUCAAGGCAAUUUCGAUAACCCAAAGGACGAUCCCAGCUGGAAAAUUUACCCUCCCCACCCUGAGCCGGUGUGGGAUGAACUGAAGGGGCGUCCUAUGGGAACGAGCAGCUUGCAGAACAGCACAGUUCUCGAUCCCGCCGAUGCUCCUAAGCCGCCCAGGAAGAUGGGUAGAGAUAUUGGUGAGGAUUUCUGCAAGGAAGACUUGCCUAUUCCCGGCCCAUCCGAACUGUCUUUCCGCCUGGACGAGAGUGGCGUCUUCCAAGUGUAUGAGACCACCAAGUCGGCAGAGCUUGAAUUGCCAAUUGUGGCGAUUCCUACAUUGAGGGACUUCUACAUGGAUCUUGAUGCCAUUCUCGAUGUCUCGUCGGACGGGCCAAGUAAAAGUUUCGCUUUCCGCAGGCUUCAGUAUCUCGAGGGCAAGUUCAAUCUCUACUACUUGUUGAAUGAGUAUCAAGAGAUUGCCGACAGCAAGAAGGUUCCCCAUAGAGAUUUCUACAACGUCCGAAAGGUAGAUACUCACGUUCACCACUCGGCAUGCAUGAACCAAAAGCAUCUGCUGCGUUUCAUCAAGUCCAAGAUGAAGAAGUCUUGCGACGAGGUGGUGCUCUUCCGAGAUGGAAAGCAUCUGACACUGAAGGAGGUGUUCGAAUCGAUCAACCUGACAGCGUAUGACCUCAGUAUUGAUACAUUGGAUAUGCACGCGCACACCGACUCCUUCCAUCGUUUUGAUAAAUUCAAUCUCAAGUACAAUCCCAUCGGAGAAUCUCGUCUUCGUACGAUCUUCCUGAAGACCGACAAUUUCAUCAAAGGGCGGUACCUUGCGGAAAUUACGAAAGAGGUAAUUUCGGAUUUGGAAUCCAGCAAGUAUCAAAUGGUGGAGUGGCGCAUCUCCAUCUACGGACGAGCGCUUGAUGAAUGGGAUAAUCUCGCCGCCUGGGUUGUGGACAAUAAGUUGUUUUCGCCCAACGUGCGAUGGCUGGUGCAGGUGCCUCGCUUGUACGAUGUCUAUAAAGCGUCCAAUCUCAUGGACAACUUCGAACAGGUUGUCACGAACGUCUUCCAGCCGCUCUUCGAAGUUACUAAAGAUCCGUCAAGCCACCCCAAAUUGCACAUCUUCCUGCAGAGAGUCAUCGGAUUCGACAGUGUCGACGACGAGAGCAAAGUCGAACGUCGCCUGUUCAAGAAGUUCCCCGUUCCCAAAGUCUGGACUUCCAAGCAAAAUCCUCCUUACAGCUACUGGAUGUACUAUCUUUUCGCGAACAUUGCUUCUCUCAAUGUGUGGCGUAAGCAGCGUGGCUUCAAUACGUUCCUACUCCGACCACAUUGCGGAGAGGCAGGUGAUACCGACCAUCUUGCUGCCGCUGUCCUUUGUACACACAGUAUCAGCCAUGGUCUCCUUCUCCGCAAGGUUCCGUUGCUGCAAUACAUCUUCUAUUUGGAACAGAUUGGCGUCGCCAUGUCUCCCCUGAGCAACAACGCACUAUUCCUCGCCUACGAAAGGAAUCCUUUCUUAGGCUACUUCAGGCGUGGUCUCAAUGUCUCGUUAUCAACUGACGAUCCAUUGCAAUUCGCCUUCACUAAGGAGCCCCUCAUAGAAGAAUAUUCAGUCGCAGCCCAGAUUUACAAGCUGAGCGCAGUGGAUAUGUGCGAACUAGCAAAGCAUUCUGUGGAGCAGAGUGGGUUCGAGCAUUCAAUCAAGCAGCGAUGGCUGGGAAGCAACUAUCAUCUUCCGGGUGUAGCUGGUAACGAUAUGGCAAAGUCCAAUGUGCCCAGCAUCCGUGAGGCAUUCAGACACGAAACGUUGGCAGCAGAACUGUCCAUGAUCGAUCGGUACACGCGCGCUUCACAGACUUCGGGUCACGAUCUCACGACUCUGAAUCUUCCGACCGCUCACUCUACAGUCCCACAAACACCCAGGUCCAACCACGCUACUCAUCCUGGUUCCCCCGUGGCAUCGCUGCAUACAAACCCUUCCGCAGCCCACCUGCCAGACCAGCACCAGAUACCUUCCCUGUCCCAGGACGCCAGCCACGGCCAUCAACAGUCACCCAACUAUCCCAUGCAGCAGGCACGCUUCAACCAGGCAUCCGCCGGCGCCGACAGCCCCGUAGAGUCCUCGGCCCAACCACCGAGCCCCGCCCGACACAAGGGCGACACGUUCGAACGGCCACGACGAAGCUCGAGCAUGGUGCUCGACCCGGGAAGCAGCGUGCCUCCCCAACCCAGCAUCCUCCCAUCGCCAACGAGCACCCAGCAACCGUUCUCACCGUACGCCACCGCGACAAACCAGGGCGUGAAGAGCCCCGAAGAGUCGAUGACGUUGACGCGAACGACCAGCUCGACGGGCCUGCCGUUGGAGGCCGCGGAGCCCAAGAUUUUCCCGGGUGUCGUCAGCCGCAGGAGACGGAGCAGCUUGCGGAGCAGCGCCCUCGACGACGAGGAGAACCCGGCGGCAGCUGCGGCGGCGGUGGCAGCGCAAGUGCAGGGACAAGGCCAUCACGCGCCGCAGGUGUCUCAUCCGGGCCACUCGGGCUUCAUCCGCGGCGAUGGGAACUCCGUGGUCGAGGAGCGUGAUUCUGACGAUAAUUGAUGGGCGGGCAAUGGAUUGGUAAUGGUGGUAACAAUAGCAGGUGACGCCUGGGUACCUAUAUAUCAUCAUGAAGAUUAGAUGGUGAUGGGACAGAACGGAAUUGGCUACGACUAUUUAUAUCGUGAUAUAUUUUAUAU